AAGCUUUCCUCUCUGGCGACUCUCUUCCUUGGCGGGAGAAGGGAGAGAGGGGACCCAGGUAGGCCGCGCUGUUGCUACGGCUUCUAUGCCUGCCCUGCCCCGCCACGUUGUAAGCCAAGAAUCCGGAGGCAAGCAGGCCAGCAGUCGCUUCCGCGAUUAGUCCGGGUAAAACAGCCGCGGCUGGGCGGUCCUUCUCUGCCUAACUUUUACUGCUGCUUCGGUCCGCCCCCGCCUGUCCGGACGGUUUUGUCUUGCGGGCAGCACCCCAAAGGGCCUGGGAGAGGAAGUUUCUUCCUAAGUUGGGAUGCGGCGGAGCCGGCGAGUCCGGCCCGGCCGAGGAGGAUGGUCGCUCGUGGUAGCGCUUUUCUCGGGGCUUGGCGUAGCGGGCGUGUUGUUGCUGUGGCAGUGGGGUCCGCGGCACCCGGCUAAAACCUCUGGGAGAGCGGCGCCCCCUUCCUUGGCGCCCGAAGUAGCCCAGCGACAAUUGCGCAGACCCGUCUACGACAAGCCGCCGUUGGGCAGAGAGACCGAGGUUGGAGAGAUGGGCCGGCCGGCGCGCUUGGAGUUAAGCAAGGCCGAGCAAGAGCUUCAGGAGGAGAGCAUUCAGCUACACCAGAUCAACAUCUUCCUGAGCGACCGCAUCUCCCUUCACCGCCGCUUGCCCGAGCGCCGCAACCCGCUAUGUAAAGAGAAAAAAUAUAAUUAUUACAACUUGCCAAAGACUUCUGUUAUAAUAGCUUUUUAUAAUGAAGCCUGGUCAACGCUUCUGAGAACAGUUCAUAGUGUUCUUGAGACAUCUCCUGAUAUUCUUCUAGAAGAAAUUAUCCUUGUAGAUGAUUAUAGUGAUAAAGACCAUUUAAAGGAAGCUUUGGAAAAUUAUCUGGCGAAUUUGCGCAAGGUACGGCUUAUCAGAGCAAAUAAAAGAGAAGGGCUGGUUCGCGCAAGGCUUCUGGGAGCUUCAGUAGCAAGAGGAGAUGUUCUUACAUUUCUCGAUUGCCAUUGUGAAUGCCAUGAAGAGUGGCUUGAACCAUUAUUAGAAAGAAUUAAAGAAGAACCAUCAGCUGUCGUUUGUCCUGUGAUUGAUGUAAUUGACUGGAACACCUUUGAAUUCUUGGGAAAUGCUGGAGAGCCGCAGAUUGGUGGGUUUGACUGGAGACUGGUCUUUACGUGGCAUGUGGUACCAGAACGGGAGCAGCAACACAGAAGAUCCAAGACUGAUGUUAUCAGAUCUCCAACUAUGGCUGGUGGACUCUUUGCUGUGAACAAGAAUUAUUUUAACUAUCUUGGCUCAUACGACACAGGAAUGGAAGUCUGGGGAGGGGAAAACCUUGAAUUUUCAUUUCGGAUCUGGCAAUGUGGAGGAAGUCUUGAAAUCCAUCCUUGUUCUCACGUAGGGCAUGUUUUUCCAAAGCAAGCUCCAUAUUCACGUGCAAAAGCUUUAGCUAACUCUGUUCGGGCUGCCGAAGUAUGGAUGGAUUCGUACAAAGAACUUUACUACCACAGAAAUCCACAUGCACGCUUGGAACCCUAUGGAGAUGUGACAGAAAGAAAACUGCUUCGAGAAAAGCUCAAGUGCAAGGAUUUUAAAUGGUACUUAGAGAAUAUUUAUCCUGAACUUCAUGUCCCAGAGGACAGACCUGGCUUCUUUGGGAUGCUGAAGAAUAGAGGAAUGCUAAAUUAUUGCUUUGAUUAUAAUCCUCCCAGCGAGCAUGAAAUAACAGGACACAAAGUCAUAUUAUAUCCAUGUCAUGGCAUGGGACAAAAUCAGUUUUUUGAGUACACAUCCCACAAUGAAAUACGUUAUAAUACUCGUCAACCAGAAGUCUGUGCAGCUGUUGAUCCAGGAACUGAUUUUUUGAAAAUGUACUUAUGUGAAGAUAGUAUCCAAAAUAUUCCUGAAAAUCAGAAAUUUAUUCUUAGAGAGGAUGGAGUUUUAAUACAUAAGCAGACCCAGAAGUGUCUACAAGCUGAAUCUAAUGUAGAAAAUGGAUAUCCAGCACCUUUGUUACGACCAUGUUCCAAUUCAGAAUACCAGAAAUGGUUUUUUAUAGGGAGAAAUUGAUACAGAAAACUGAUUUUAUGGUUGAUUAAGAUAAUCUCUGGAACUGAAGCAAGGAAAUGUUUAAUCGUUUGUAUAUGGAGAACUGUAUUAUUUUCAACUUAUUUUUCUGGAACACCAGCAGGCAUUGAAAUUUGUAUGUAGUUAUUGUGGACUUUUCUGCAUCGGAAAUCUACUUUUGGCAGCUAUAUGAUUUUCCAAAUUUUUUAUAUAUUUUAGAAAAAGACUUGAUAAUGAAAUGCAGGUGGUGGCACUUAAAUUUGAUAAUUUAAAUAUUUAUUUUUUUUCCUAAUGUGUUCAACUUUAAUGUGACUAAGACAUUAAAAGAAAAAGAAAAAGACAAUUUUGGCUGUGAAUUUAUUAUAAUAAUAAUGUAAAUAACCAUAUAAUUUUUUCAUAUAUCUGAAAAGAAUACACUGGAACUGCAUGCAGAGAACUCGCUACCGGUAUUGAAUCUAAACAUACAGUAGAUCAUUAUAGUAGAAUUAUAUGUGAACUCAAAGCUUUUAUGAUAUAAUAGGCACAAUGUGUAAUUAUGUGGUUCUAAAUAUUUUAAUUUAAAACAAUAAAUGAAUUGGAAGCAAGGAUGACUGAAUCACUCUGUCUCUGGUUCAGCUCAGUUUCAAAGACAUUCUGUCAUAAAAUCAAUAUUAUCUCCAAUUUCCAUAUCAGUCUGCCAGUUAAAAACAUCCAUAUAAAUUAAAUGUGUUUUUGUAUUUUCCUAUUUUGUAUUUUUUGUAUUUUGUAUUUUCCUUUGUAUUUAAUAUAUGACUAAUGUUAACAUAUGCAUUUUUAAUGUACUUUUAUCUAAGAAUUACAGUAAAAUAGCAAUAGCAAUAGCAUUUAGACUUAUAUACUGCUUUACAGUGCGUUACAACCCUCUCUAAGCAGCUCUAAAAUGUUAGAAAAGUGUCAAUUUUAAAAAACGGAUUAAUACAUGUUGAUUUAAGAUGUAAGGUGUAUUUGGUUGGCUCAGUGAAAAUUCUGUCCCAUUUCUAACUGGGUGCCAAUUUCUAAAAAAAUUAGCAUACAGAAUCUUCGUAGCAGGACCAAAAAAAUAUGCAGAACCAGAUGUCAGGGAGGAAAUUACACAAUUACACUGGAUAAUCAUGCCAUGGUACUUCUAGGUAACAAAUCAAAUUCAGAAGUAGACAAUCUGCAUCAAAUUAUGAUUGUCUUUGCUUCUAUCUAGCAAUCUAGGAUUUUUGCACCAGAGAUCUAAUAGCCAUAAUCAAAAAGACAUUCUUUGCCUGAAUCCAUAAUUUUAUAACUUCAGAAAAAUUCAUGCCUAGCCAGAAAAGGUGCAAAGAGAUUUUUUACAUGGUAUGACAAAGCACUUAUGCAGAAUACAAAAUAAUGUGUGUAGUAUGGCAACUACCAUUAUGUUGACUGAACUUAUCCUAACUUACGUGAAGGUAAAAUACUGUAAGGCAGGGUUAUUAAACUCACAUUGUCAUGGUGGCGUCACAUGAUGUAUUGUGACUUUUCUCCCCUUCACUACAAACCAGGUGUGGGCAUGACCAGUGUGUGGCGCAUCCAGCCUGCAGGCCACAAGUUUCACAGCCCUGAUGUAGGAAAUGUCAUUUUCCUAGAUUUGGAGGUGAAAGGAUUGUGUGGUAAGGUAAAUUAGUAGAAGCUUGGUUAGUAAUGAAUAUAAUGAAUAUAAACAAUAUGUGACAGAUUAGGAUGAGAAAAUGAAGAUAGAAUAAGAAUGAUUCGAAUUACUUUUGCAAGAGACGAAGGGAUGCAAAGGAUGACAUUUGGAUGAUUUGUGGAGAAUUCAAAAUACUGCAAAUUUUGGGGAGUUUACAUUUGAAUCAAAAACACCUCAUGCCUGGUCAGACACAAUUUCAAGCCUAAAAAUGUUUGAAUGUCAGAUUCUGGCAAUGAUGUUGGAGAGGCAAAACUCUAAUUUGUUGCUAUGGAGACCAACUGAAUGGUUUGGUUAAAGUAACUGAAGAAAUAGGGAUGUACAAAGUAUGCAUUUUGCAAAGCAUGUGAGGGAGAUGGGUGGUUUAGAAAUAGGAAAUAUAAAUAAAUAACUCCCUCUGAAGCACUAAAUCAAAUGCAUCGACUAACAUGCUCCCCCCCCCCCAGAAGUUGUAAUUAAAUGUUUUUGAGAUGUGCUCGGUAACACCAGUGAACGUCUGAAUGUGCCCUUUGAAUUUUAUAUUAAGUUACUUCACUUGGCUUCAGAACCUCAUUCUCAUACCUACAAGCUCUAGCUUCCCAAUUUCGCUGAUGUACUUUGUACUGACAUUGAAAAUACUGACAUUCUGAUUUUGCUGAUAGGAUGCAGAGGUUAGGAUUUAUGUUAGCCAUUCAUGGAAAUAUCUUGAAGCUGGUAAUUAGAAUUGCACCAAUCAUAGUGGCAACCUGCAUGCUUUUUUUUUUUAAAGAAAUAGAUCAACGAGUGUUUUCAUCACAAGGACAUCUGGAAUCCUGCAGGUAUAGGUGUGGGAUAGAUAUUUCAUGCCUGAGAAAUGCUUUCCUUCUCUCCUUUCUCUAACAACAUCUGCCUUUUGGGGAUGGCUUGCAAAAAAGGAGAGAUACUGAGACUCUUACAUGAUGAUGCUAUUAUUGUUGUAUCGUCUUAGUUUUGGAGCAAUUUUGAAAUACCCAUAGGCAAGCAAUUCAUGUUCUUUUUCAAAGUUCAGUUUAAAUAUCUUUAUACGUAUGAUACAAUACAAUAUACUUUAUUGAUUAGUCAAUUGACCGUAUCAAACAUGAGCAUCAGCCACAGUAAAAUAAAAUAAGUUACAAUGAAGUGAGAUGCAAUAGCUACCGUGAGAUAAAACCGAAUAAAAUAUAGUAGGGAAGAAGUAGAAGAAGAAGGAGGGGGAGGAGGAGGAGGAGGAGAUUAAAACACAGUAUUUGCAGUCAAAGUCUGCCCAAAGCCUGGAGUUCAAUCCUGACAGGACUGAAGGCUCACUUAGCCUUCCAUCCUUCUGAGGCUGGUAAAAUGACCCAUAUUGUUAGCAAUAUACUGACAUUGUAUCAGCAGUAUUGCGUAGCAUUCAGCUUCCUUCCCCAGAUUAUUGUUUACAUGUCUGAUUAUGUGCUAAAAUAAAACAGUGUUCUUUAAAGUAGUUUUGUA